GGACGCAUGCGCUCUAAAUGAAAUAAGAAAAUAAUCGUGGACAGCUGCACUGUCCGUUCUGUACAGUGGGAGUCGGCGAGUGCCGCUUACUGACACAAUGUCACUGCAAAGGUGUCAAACUGAAUGGGGAGAAAUUGACCAAGAAUAUCAACAGUUACAGGAAACUCACAAAGUGUACAGACAGAAGCUCGAUGAGCUCACCAACCUCCAGGCAACAUGCAGCAUUGCCAUUAGUAAACAGAGGAAGGGUCUAAAAGACCUCCGGAACAGUCUGCGCAAAUGUACAAAAACAAGCGAUGAGAAAGAAACAGAACUGAUCAAAGACAUCCAAAUGCAAAUUAAAGACAAAGAACAUUUCUUCUUUGAUAUGGAAGCCUAUUUGCCAAAGAAGAAUGGAUUGUACUUAAAUUUGGUCCUUGGCAAUGUGAAUGUCACACUCCUCAGCAACCAGGCUAAAUUUGCCUACAAAGAUGAAUAUGAGAAGUUCAAGCUUUGCAUGACAAUAAUCUUGAUGUUUGCUGCCAUAACCUGUCUCUUCUUGUUCAAUUACCGUGUCACAGAUGAAAUCUUCAACUUCUUGCUGGUUUGGUACUAUUGCACUUUGACCAUAAGGGAAAGCAUCCUCAUGAGCAAUGGGUCCCGGAUCAAAGGGUGGUGGGUCUCCCAUCAUUACGUCUCUACCUUCCUAUCAGGUGUAAUGCUUACCUGGCCAGAGGGGUCCAUGUAUCAGAUGUUCAGAAGUCAAUUCCUUGCCUUCUCCAUUUAUCAGAGCUUUGUGCAGUUUCUUCAAUAUUACUACCAAAGUGGCUGCUUAUACAGGUUACGAGCUUUGGGGGAAAGAAAUCAGUUGGACCUCACAGUGGAGGGGUUCCAGUCAUGGAUGUGGAGAGGGCUCACCUUCCUCUUGCCAUUCCUCUUCUUCGGACAUUUCUGGCAGCUGUACAAUGCUUUGACCCUGUUUCGGUUGGCAGGACAUAAAGACUGUAAAGAGUGGCAGGUAUUUAUGUUGGCACUGACAUUUCUUGUCCUAUUCCUGGGGAAUUUUCUUACCACAUUGAAAGUUGUUCGCCAAAAAGUCCAGGAAAACCCAGAGAAAGUGCAAAAGCAAGAGUGAAUACAAGUCUAACUACAGCUCAGACUCCCAAGUGGCCAGUGACCAUGAAACAAAAUGGCACUUUGAAACGCACAAUCGAUGGGAAUAUGGACUGCAGGGGGUUUUUGCCAGGAAAAGACGGAGUGAAGAGAACGAUGUGUCUCAGCCUUGAUGACAGCUGCAACAUUAACCAAUAACCUUGGCUGAAUGUGCUUUUGUUUCCAAUAGUUUUGUCGUUGUCCUUGCUACACAUGCAAUCGCAACACAGAGCGGCCUUCUUCUGGCAGAUGAACCACUGCGAUCCUGGACCAUUUGAGGCUUGAUCCUGUAGAUUUAGAGUAAUUGGACAGACUUAUUCAUUAUGGUGUGGAUGUAUUUAGGACAGAGCAUGAACUACAUGUACAGAGAUCCACUCUUUAAACUAUAUGCAACUAAACAAAGACGGGUAGCAUUAGGUCAUGAGAAGAGGUUAGAUUUACCUACAAAGUAUAUGUACUGUCAAUACUUCACACAGCGGUUUUCGGUAUGGAAUAUUUGAAUACAUCCAUGGCACAGCAAUUUUCACUGUUCGCAACUACAAGUGUCUCGUUUUGAUAUAUUCUUCAGUAAAGAUGCAUUGAACUAUACAAUUCUCCCGGUGUGCUGUUUGAAAGUAAACAUGUUUCUUUUCUCUGGAUAUUGACAUGUUGAUGCGGGUACAUCUUAUAUAAAGAACUAAAGCCUGCUUUUUAUUUUAGCAAUGUACCAGCCAGGACUUGUUAACUGAUCAUAGACAUUUACAAACUUUAACAGCAGCCAUUUACUACCAUUGUUUGGGUUGAUUUGGCAACCAUAAAUUACAGCUGUUCUAUUUUUAAAUAAUACUAUUUUAAAUAAUGAAUAUACUAAUACAUGUCAAGGUUUUAGACUAACAAGGAUUUUCUUUCCCUUCUGUAAUGCACCUUGUUAAACGGAGUUCCUGGAGUCUUAACUUCAGUGGGUUCAGAAUUAAGACGAAUCCAUUUAUAAAUAAUUCCUGUAAUCUAGUUCAAAAUGAUAACCCUUUCAAUUAAUGAUUAUUUGAGUCCUGUCCAAUUCAGGCUGUGCUGGUUGUUUUGAGUUCACCUUUGUCACCGUAUGCUGUGUCUACUUCAAACAGUUGCUGCUAUGAGCACUGGUACUUUGAGCAAAUAAUUGGGAAUGUCUUCAGUACAAAUGUGCUGGCGUGAUCAAGUUCUAUAACUCUGACAUACCGUAUGUAUUGUAACGCAUCAACUCUGAACUAAGGCAAAAUCUCAUGAGCUUGUGUAUCCCUUUUCAGUGUCCUUUAAUUUUGAACUGUAGUAUUAGAUCUGAACAACUUGGUGACAGCGCUCUCUAAUGCCUUCUCUCCCUGUAGCCUGUCACAAUUACUUGAUUUUUGUUCCAUUUGGAAUCGAUUGUUUUGUUAUUGACAAAAUCUAAGGUCUUGGAUAUUAGUCUUGUUUCCGUAAAGAAGAAAAAUCCACUCUACGCUUGA